GUUGUGCGCUUUGACCAAAUCUACCUGAUAACAGCAGAGUAAAGAUAAAGACAAAGAAAAUGGAAAAUCAUCACUCCGCCCCUAAACUCCUGUUUGCAUAAGAGGAAACCAGCAAAAAAAAAAAAUAUACAGAGACAUUGCUGUGGGCUUUGACAACAUCUAUCUGUACAUUACCUGAAGACAGAAGAGAGAAAAUAAAGACAAAGAAAAUGGUUAACACAACUUUGGGACCUCAAGAUCAGACCAAUGAAACAACAUACACAAAGUCAGAAGAAAACUCAUCAAACAUUAAAAUCUUCGAGAUAUGCAUAUUUUCCGUCAUCUUAGUCUUAGGAGGCAUUGGCAAUGGACUUGUCAUCUUUGUGACCGGCUACAAAAUGAAGAGGACAGUCAACUCCAUCUGGUUUCUCAACUUGGCGAUUGCAGAUUUUCUUUUUAUUACCUACUUGGUUUACGAAAUUGUUUUGGCCUUUGACGAUAGUUUACAGGAGGCCUUGAACAAACACAUGGUUGCAUGUUUAUAUUUUGGUUUUGCACUAAAUAUGUUUGCAAGUGUUUUCUUUCUGACAGUUAUCAGUGUGGAUCGAUGUCUGUGCACAUGGUUUGUUGUUUGGGUUCAGAACAAACGAACUUUAGUCAAAGCCAAGAUCAUCAGUGUAUUUGUGUGGAUUUUAGCCAUCUGCUGCAGCCUUCCUGUUGGCAUUGCUCGUUAUGUACUUAACAAGGAAAAUUUCAUCAAUGUCUAUAUGCCCCAGUUCACAUACAGGUUCAUUGUUGGAUUUCUAAUUCCUUUUAUAAUCAUUGCAUCUUCAUACACAGCCAUUGGUGUGCGAGUAAAACGUCUGAAAAUAGGAAAACAGUUUCGGCCUUACCGGAUCAUAUCUGUGAUUCUGGCUUUUUUCAUAUGCUGGUUUCCUCUUCAUGUUCUCAGUUUGUGUUUCAUAAAUGCAGUGAAGUAUAACUGGAGUGACAGUGCUAUAGAGAAACUUGAUGCUGCAUUUCCUUUUGCAGACUUUCUGGUUUAUGUAAACAGUUGUCUGAACCCCAUUCUCUAUGUGUUCAUGUGUGAUGAAUAUAAGAAGAAACUUAAAAAGUCUCUCCUGCUGGUGUUUGAGGGGGCUUUUACUGAAGAGAAUCUGAGUUUAAGAUCAACUUCACUUCCGCGCAACUCUCAAAGUCAGCAGGGAUUAAGUGUACAGACGGAAGACAUAAGCAUCUGAUCCUUUGCUGGCAGCAAGAGAACAGAAUAUUUUUUUAGCUCCAGUCUUUAGAUGAUUGGAAAAUACAUUUUUUAAUUUGGAAAUAAAGAUUUCUUAAGUACUCCUCAAUUCUCCUGUGUUAAGACAAACAGAAAGUCUCACUCCAAACUCUUGCCAACAGCUCAAUGUAUCAAUGAAGAGAAGAAUCAAUCUACAAAUCUCUUACUUAGUUAACUCACUCUUUGAAUGUUUAUCUUUGUGUUUCGUUAUGCACAGUUAUAUGUUGUAUGUUAUUAGUGCAAGUGUUUCUUUUUUUAUCUUUACAAUUCUCAUAACUGAAAAAUGAAUGUAUUUCCUGCUUUAAUCAUUUUGUAAGAUUUCUCAAUAUAAAAGUCAUUUUAUGCUAAAAUGUGUCUUUAUCUUAUUGUUAAAAAAACUAAGGCACAGCCUUAAACCUCUACUUUCACUAUGGUAAAGCGGAUAAAAUAUAUCAGGUUCAACAUAACAGUUGCACUUACAGAUAUGUGUAGAUAUUUAUAAUACUGAACUCAUUAAAUAUCCAAAUGUUGUUACAACACUUAAAGUUUUAGGUAGAUGAUGUAUAGACCUUUUGCGUGUUUGCAAACAGAGAUGAUGUUUUUUGUGGGCGGAGCCCAACUGGUGGCAGAAAGUGAAUGCUUCUCAAUAGCUGUGUGAAGUGUUUUAGCAUUAAACUCUGAUUUUUAAGGAUCCGGUGUUCUGUAGAAGUCUGUUUCCCCUAUAUUUCUCUUAAGUGUAAUGUUUCUUAUAACGUUUUCACCAAGUUACGUUUAUUUUUUAAAGGUGCAGUGUGUAAUUUUUAGAAAGAUCUCUUGACAGAAAUGCAAAAUAAUAUACAAAACUAAAUUAUCAGGGGUGUAUAAAGACCUUUCAUAAUGAACCGUUAUGUUUUUAUUAACUUAGAAUGAGACGUUUUAUCUACAUACACAGAGGGUCCCCUUACAUGGAAGCCGCCAUUUUGUGCAGCCAUGUUUCUACAGAAGCCUCUAACGGACAAACUUUUUUACUAAGUUGUCUCCAACGAUGACAUGUUUGACCUGUGGCGGCUACCGUAGCUUUUCUAUGUGUUUCAAAAGCAAGAUGUGAGCAGUGGACUGAGCCAUUGGUUGCAAUUCGCAACCUCACCACUAGAUGCCACUAAAAUUUACACACUGCACCUUUAAAUAAAUUAAAAGUUUUAAUGGCUUGGCCACUGAUAUGCUUGCAUGUAUGUAAUGUAUAUGUAUUGUUCUUUAUUGGUAAAUCAAUUAUUUUAACAGUAUGAAUCUCUGAAGUACUUAUAAGAGCAAUACUAUCAUGUAUUCUGUAUAAUAUCAUUUAUUAAACAU